AUGCGCGCGCACGAGCACAAGAUCGCGCAGCUGCUGGACAAAACCAGGGACUUUGACAAAGAUGAGCGCUACAUGGCCACGUCGGAUCUGUGCGUCGAGCUCGACAAGGACGUGGAACUGGGACCGUAUCUCGAGCCCGACGUCUGUGCGGCUGUCCUCAAGCAGCUCGACGACAAGUCGAACGACGUGCAGUCGAUUGCCGUCAAGUGUCUGGGCCUUCUCGUGAAGAAAGUACAGACGGCCCAAGUGGCCGACAUUUGCCGCAAACUCUGCGACCUCAUUCACAAGGGAACGCCCGAGCUGCGGGACAUUUACGCGAUCGGUCUCAAGACGAUCAUUGCCGACGUGGCGCACAAGACGGCGGCCGUGAUCGCGCCCGGCAUUUGCACGCGGCUCUUGACGGGGCUCGGCACGGAGCAAGAGGUGGCCGUGAAAGCCGAGACGCUCGACAUCCUUACGGACCUCUUGCGGCGCUUUGGCUACGACGUGGCGCUCGAACACGCGGCGAUCAUGGAAUUGCUGAUAAAGCAGCUCACGGACGAAGCGCCGCUCGUGCGCAAACGUGCAACUGUGUGUGUGGGAGCGCUGGGGGUUGUGGCCUCGGACGCGCUCGUGAGUCGCUUGGUAGAGCAUCUGAUUCAAGACAUUCAGGCGUCAAGCAACGCAGCCAACGUGCGCACGCUCAUCCAGACGAUUGGCAUGCUCUCCCGCACGGCUGGUCAUCGUCUGGGGCAGCAUUUGGACGCUGUGAUCCGCAUCUUGGUGCAGUUCUGUGGCGAUCCAGCCGACGAGUCGCUGCAGCACGAAGACUCGGAUGAUCUUCGUGGCAACUGUUUUCAAGCGUUUGAAGCGUUCUUGAGUCGAUGUCACAAUGAGAUUACGCCUCAUGUCGAGACCAUACUGAAGCUCGCGAUGCAAUUUAUCUCGUACGAUCCGAAUUACAAUUACGCGGACUCUGCUGACGAAGACGAAGAGAUGGUAGACGAAGAGGAGCAAUAUAGCGACGAAGAAGAUGACUACAGCGAUGACGACGACACGAGUUGGAAGGUCCGUCGGGCCAGUCUUCGCGUGCUGACUGCAAUCAUUACGACGCGACCAGAACUCCUGGAGCACCUGUACAUUCGGUGUGCUCAGCCUUUGAUCUCGCGCUUCAAAGAGCGAGAAGAGAACGUCCGGAUUGACGUUUUUGCAGUGUUUGCGGACCUUCUGCGCGCUACUCGGAAGACCCUUCCGAGCUCGAGUGGGGCGGGAUCUCCUCACUACUCAUCUACGUCAAAUGCGUGCAUUAACCAGUUGAAACAGUGCCUGAAUGCGGUCGUUGUUGGUGCAAACAAGCAAUUCGGACCCAAAGCUUCAGUUCUGUCACGCUGUGCAGUACUUGCGCUAUUGAGCGAGCUUGCGAUGCUAGAGUACGGGAAAUUGGGCGACUACAUCGGUCUUCUGAUGCCGAACACCCUCAGUGCAGUGGAGGACAAACACUCAGACUUGAAGCUGGACGCUCUGACGUUUCUUCGCCUGCUCGUGGACACACACACUAUGGAGCCAUUCCGACUACACAUUGAUUCGGUCGCCGAAGUUGCAGUGCAGUGUGCCAAGGGAGAUUGGUACAAAACAGUGGCGAAAGCGCUUGGAUUGAUCGAAUCCCUCGUUCACAUCAUCCGCUCGGACAGCGAAGACUCGAUGUACAAACCGUAUGCCGUGCCGUUCUAUGACGCGGUAUUGCUUCAUUUGAAGGUUCAUGAUAUUGACCAAGAAAUCAAGGAGGCCGCAAUCAGCAGUGUUGGAGAAAUCGUUGCUAUUUUGGGCGACGAGCUUGGUGAGCGAGUGGGAAAAGUUUUCCCUCUGCUAAUGGAGCGUUUGAACAACGAAAUAACGCGCGUCCAUAGCAUCAAGGCAAUCGGAACCAUUGCUCGCUCGAAGCUCGACUUGGACAUGUCUCCAAUUCUUGAAGAGUGCACGCAUACCCUGGCUCAGCUGCUUCGUCAGCAGUCCCGCACGCUGAAACAAGCAACGUUAGCCGCCCUCAACGAUCUGGUCGUUUACAAGGGUGCGCAAAUGUCUGAUGCACUUCACUAUGAAGUGGUGCUCGAAGCCUCGCUCCUUCUCGUUGAUGUGGAUCUCCAGCUGUGCCGCAUGAGCAUCACGUUGAUAUCAAACUCUCUGCGCGUAUGCCCCCGCGUUGCGUCGACAGAAGCUUUGUUGCACAACGCCCAAGUGAAAGCUCUGGAGCUAUGCCACAGUGCUAUGCUUCAAGGUCCCACUUUAGAAGCUCUGGAGUCUUUUUUUGCGCAACUGACACAACUGGACUUGCCAGGUAGCAGUUUCACCGAGCUGUUCAAGGCACUCGUGGCUGUUUCUCCUGAAGAGUCGAAGCACUCGGUGCUGAACAUCGCGAAGUGUGUUGCUUGCUCGUGUGUGGCUACAACGGAAGAAAACCGCAAGCUGGCUUUUGCAAAGUUUGUUGGCGACAUUACACAAAAGGGGUCCGAGAAAAGAAAAGUUUUGGCGCUCUACUGCUUGGGAGAGUUUGGCCGGAAUAUCACACUCGCUGGCUACACGGACGUCAAAGAGAUCAUUCUAGAGUCCUUCAACGAUGCAGGUGAAGAAGUGAAGGCUGCAGCUGCGUACUCACUUGGCAGCAUUUGCGUUGGCAAUAUGGAAGAGUACCUCGACAUUGUCAUGGAGAAGUUGGAGCAUGGGGACAACUCUUACUUGCUGCUGACGUCAUUGCGCGAAGUCAUUUCAGAUCAUGCAGCAAAGCCGCACCAUGGUUUUGCAACGUACGUGGAUCGUGUACUUCUGGUUCUUCGGAAAAUGAGUGCUCGUCAGGAGGAGGGGGUGCGAAACAUGGUUGGCGAGUGUAUGGGAAAGCUUGCUGCAACGAACAGUGCCAAUCUGAUGCCGGUUGUGACCGAACUCUGCGGGUCGUCAGACGUAUGGUCACGCUGGACCGCUGCAACAAGUCUCAAGUAUGCGAUGACAACAACGGUCGAGGAAACGUCAAUUGAUGCGAUCUUUGCUCACAUUGACCCUUUUCUGGCUGCGCUUGAAGAUGAAGACUUGCACGUACGCCGUGCUGCACUGCUAGUAUUCAACACUGCGGCUCACCACCAUGCUCACCACCUGGUGCCUUACGUUCGCGACAGGAUAUUUCCUGUGCUCUUGAAAACGACUGAAAUCAAGCUCGAGCGAGUGGUCGAUCUUGGUCCGUUCAAGCACAAAGUGGAUGACGGUCUCCCUCUUCGUAAAGCUGCAUAUUCGUUUGUCGACACUUUGAUCCAGGUGCUGCCGCAGGAAAUCGACAUCAAUCUGUUUCUCGACCAACUGAAGCGAGGUCUUGGAGACCAGGACGAUAUCCAGAUGCUCAGUCACCAGAUCUUGAUCAAGAUCUGCUAUGUUCAGCCUGGUAGUAUUGUGGGCGCACUGGAUUCGUUACUGGAACUGCUGGAGAAGACGAUCAACAAGAAGGUGAAGGAAGACCAGGUUGGUCCCGAGGUCGAGCGUGUGAAAGACCUCAUACGCAGUGCGCUGCGUGCGCUCGACACAAUCAGCGCUGUUCUUGACGCUGACGCCCAUCCAAGACUAAACGCCGUGAUGGACAAUGCGAAAAAGAACAAGAUGCUCGGCGUCUUGUUGGAGACCAUCCGCAAUGAGCGCACGAAUAACUAA